AUGAAACGGUUGCAAUUGUUUGGUAGAUCAAAAUAUUUCUCGCUGGUCUCCAGUGCUGCGAAGGAGGAAGAAGAAGAGGAAGAGGGCUGUGCUGAUGCCAAAAGCCUUCUACAUAGUACGAGCCAUGAUAUCAAAUCGAGAUCACUACGCUUCAACGAUAAAUCGUCCCUCAUGUGUUUGCCAACAAAAGUUCUACUGUUAAUACUGCGAACUUUGGACUUCAAUACAUUAGUAACACUAUGCCAAGUCAAUUCGAGGUUCUACAAUUUGAUUACGAAUGAGUUCCUUUUCCAAAACGUUAUUUUGGACUCAAAACUUUCGUUGUUAAAGUUCAAUGCUUUGAUACACUCCGAGUUCCACACGUCGAACAUUGUCACACACAGCGGUGAUUGUAGCACACAAUCUAGAUCACAAAAUGCAAGGUUCCUCGUAAGAUCCAUCGAAUUCAAAAAUCCUCAGUCCCAAGACUCGUUGUUAAAAUACAGUAAGUUCUAUAAUAAGAGUGGCCAAGAUUCUAUUAUUGCUGGAUCUUAUAAACUCGAUUCGUAUGAUAAAGACGUAAAAAAACUGAAUAACAUCAGACUAAACGAUGAGACUCCCAUCAUAACUUCAGAACGAAUCAAACUGCUUGAUAAAUUGGAAAGCAACUACUUCCAUUAUACUUAUAUUGAGCUAAUGCUUGAUAUUAUAGACUAUCUACCGAACCUGACCAGAGUGAUUCUGAGUGAUGUGGAACCGAAUUUUAAAAUUCCUUUAUGGUACUCUGUAUUCAACGAUGGAUCUAGAGAUUUUUUCAAGAAAAUAAUCAAGGGCCAGCAAUCCAUCACAAACGAAGAUUUGAGGACUUUCCAACUAUCCAAAAAAUUUGUCAAAGAAUACGAAUCCAAGUAUUAUUCUCUGCCAAGGUUGAAAAUACUGGAAAUCAAAGCUAAUAAUAAAAGACAAAGAACCUUUAAUCGUCAACGCCAUCACCAAAAGCUCGUACUAAGACCGAGUUUAUUCUGCUGUUUCGGCAUAAUUAAUGAACUUAAACUAGAAAAUGUAACGAUAGACACCGAAUCGCUAGAUACUCCAAUGGAAUUCUUACCACUAUUUCUAAAGAACGAAGAUAAUGAACUGUACAGUUUACAGUCUCCUAUCACUGCACUUACUUUAGAUUCAUGUGAUGUAGUUCCUGGAAAUGGAAUAUUACGUUUGUUUCACUCUUACUUUAAAAUGGUCAAACAUCUAUCCUUACUGAAGAUUAACAGUAAAUUCGACUUAUUGUUAUGCAGUUGUUUCCCAUCGUUAUCCAAUCUAACAAUUGAUUGUAAUAGCAAAUGUUUCACUAACGAACAGGUAGUCGGCGAAUCAUAUUAUUUCCAACAGCGAAGUUUGGAUACAGAAGAUGAUUUUGAUGACUGCAAUUCCAUGACAGAAACAUUAUUUGAAGCGCCAUCAGAUUCGAAGAUAAUUACUCCUCCGCCGACAUCUUCAGUUGUAUUGUCCUUAAAUCUGAACUAUAUUUCUAGAACUACAGGAAAUGAUGUUUCAAAUAACCCAUCACCAGACAAUAACAAAAAGCCCGCCAUGUUAACUGCGGCACAGCUACAAAAUUUUCAACGACAAAGAAUCCCUGAAUUUCAUUCUUUCUACCAUUAUUACCGCUUACUUUGGGAGAGACUUCCAAGUAAAAAUAUUUCUAUUAACGUAAUCAAUAUCCCCUUUACCAAUGUGUAUCCUUUAUCCCCUCUAUCGUUUUGGGAACAUCUAGCAAGAACAAUUACUAGUGUUGAUGAGACAGAUGAGGAUGUUGGCGACGAGAACGAUCAAGAAACAUUAAUCGGUUACGAAAAUAAUUCCAUAAGAGAUAACAUACCAAAUGCUAAUGCAGUUCCAAAUUUAAGUACAGUAAUGAGCCCUGAAUCAGACAUUCACCACACUUACUAUUGGAACAACUCUGUAAGGCGUUGCCUAAGAGAUAGUUUAAUCAAAUUGAAGAACCGAACCAUCGAAUAUAGAGAUUUAGAUGUGGAGGAGUUCUUACAAAAUGUGACAUUGGAAAAUUUUUUCAAUGAUUUCCAAGAUCCAGAGAAUUUUAAAGAUAUUCCAAAUAUUAACCUCUGGUGUUUCCUGAGAAAUUUGUCAAAAUUCAAAGCUGUCAAAAUAAGAAUGCUGAGACAUUUUUCAUUAUGUACACCUAGAACCAGAUACGACUGGGAACUAUUAUUGAAGCCCGUACUGCGUGUAAAUGUUCCCAUUGAAGUCAGAGAUAAGGACGGAUUCGUUCUUUAUUCUUACGGGCAAAAAUAA